GCAGCGGCUGCAGCAGCAGCAGGAGGAGCGGGGGCUGCUGCUCCGGGGCGGGGGGGUCCUGCAGCCACACGGAGGCCCCGGCGCAUUGCACUGAACCUCGGGAGCCGAGCCGGGCCUCUGCAGGGGGAGAGGAGGAGCAGGGGUCUGAAGGGAAAGACAGAGACCCUAGCAAGGGAGACGGGAGAUGCUGUGGUAGACGGAGAGAGAAAGCCCAGCAAGUGGGAAAUCCUAAGCAGAGAUCAGAAGAAGAAAGAGGUCGGAGAGAAAUCCCAGCAAAAGACAGUGGAAGCCUAGCAAGAAAGAAACCCUCCUAAGAGGAGUCUCCCAAGCAAAAGAGCCUAUGAAAAAAAUCUCAAUAAGAGAGAUCCCAGGCAGAGAGCGAUCACCAAGCGUAAGAAGACAAAGCACUAGUCAAUGUACAGUAAGUACCAGUCCUUCGCUGGCCCCAAAGACAUGGACUGGAUGAAACCUGAGUAGACCUUCUUUCUAAUUUAACUUUUCCGAUGCUAUGAGAUAGAUUGGCACAAUUCCAGUAGAAAAGACCCGAGAAAGCUUCCCGAGUGGCGCUAGAAAGAUCAAAGCAAAAAGGAAUAUUGUGAGGAUCUCUUUAGAAUAGAGUGCAGAGAGAAAGCAAGAGGGAGGGAGACAUACCACCACGUACCCGCAGGAGAAGGGAGGACACAGGAGAGAAAUCACAGAGUAAAGGCAUUAUGAUCCCAUCAGAAGAGGUCUGAGAGGGAGCCAUCAUCCUGGACAUCCUCAGUUCUCUGUUGAGAGAUCGUAGGAAAGAGAGAAGCAAACCAGCUCUUUCAAGAGCAUCUGCUAAGUGCUUUCUUUGGUUUUCCUGAGGGAGGAAGCAAGAUUUGGACCUGAUUUACCCCUGGUGUAACUCUGCUGAAGUUGAUGGAAUUACAUCACACCUGUUGUGUGGAAGCACUUGUGCUUUGGCUUGCAGAGUCCCUGACACCUCCUUGGAACUCUUGAAGGGAGUGGGGAGCACUAUUUGGAGAUGGUGGAGUCUCUGGAGAAGCUACAUGGAUCUUAACGCUGCCUUAAGGGCGAGGAGAAGAGCAGUGGGAAUGGGUUGGCUGUGGCUGAUCUUCCUAUUUCACCUAGCUGCCUCAGUGGAAGAAAUACUUCUGGAUACAACAGGAGAGACCUCAGAAAUUGGUUGGACCACUCAACCUCCUGAUGGGUGGGAUGAGGUGAGUGUCCUGGAUGAUAAGAAGCAUCUGAUCCGAACCUUUGAAGUCUGCAAUGUGGCUGAGCCAGGCCAAAAUAAUUGGCUGCGCACUCACUUCAUAGAGCGGCAUGGUGCUCACCGAGUUCACGUCCGCCUCCGCUUCUCAGUGCGAGACUGUGCCAGCAUGCGAACCGUGGCUUCUUCCUGCAAGGAGACCUUCACUCUCUAUUACCAUCAGGCAGAAAGUGACAUGGCUACGCAGGACCUGCCUGAGUGGCGUGAGGGGCCCUGGACCAAGGUGGACACUAUUGCAGCCGACGAAAGCUUCUCUCAGGUAGACAGCACCGGGAAGGUGGUGAAGAUGAAUGUGAAGGUGCGCAGCUUUGGACCACUCAUCCAGCAUGGCUUCUAUCUGGCCUUCCAGGACUCAGGGGCCUGUAUGUCACUGGUGGCUGUGCAAGUCUUCUUCUACAAGUGCCCAGCUGUGGUGAGGGGGUUUGCCUCCUUCCCUGAGACCUUUGCUGGUGGAGAGAGGACCUCACUGGUGGAGGCUAUGGGGACCUGUGUGGCAGAUUCAGAGGAGGCAAGUACAGCUGGGUCCUCUGGUGUCAAGCUGCACUGCAAUGGGGAAGGCGAGUGGAUGGUGGCCAUUGGGAGAUGCACCUGCAGGCCUGGCUACCAACCUACUAAUGAUGAAAGAGCCUGCCAAGCCUGUCCCAUUGGUUCUUUUAAAGCAUAUGCGGGAGAUGCCCCCUGCAAGACCUGCCCUGCCCACAGCCACGCUUCAGUGCCAGGCUCCAGCGAAUGUGCCUGCCAAAGCCGAUACUACCGCUCUGCUUCGGACACAUCUGACUCCCCCUGCACUGGCACGCCCUCCGCUCCCCGUGAUGUUAGCUAUGAGAUCAUUGGCUCCAAUGUGCUCUUGACCUGGCGCUUACCCAAGGACCUGGGUGGUCGCAAGGAUGUCUUCUUCAAUAUCAUCUGUAAGGUGUGCCCAACGGGAUCUCCAGGGCCCUGUGUGCGCUGUGGGGACAGCGUCCAGUUUGACCCACGCCAGGUGGGGCUAACAGAGAGUCGUGUGCAGGUCUCCAACUUGCUGGCCCGUGUGCAGUACACGUUUGAAAUCCAGGCCGUCAACCUGGUUACCGAGCUGAGCCCAGAGGCACCUCAGUACGCAGCCAUCAAUGUCAGCACAAGCCAGUCGGUCCCCUCUGCAGUUCCAAUGAUGCACCAGGUGAGCCGCACUGCCAACAGCAUUACACUGUCCUGGCCACAGCCAGACCAGCCUAAUGGGGUCAUCCUGGACUACCUGCUACGCUAUUUCGACAAGGCGGAAGAUGAAGAUAACUCAUUCACUGUGACCAGUGAGACCAACAUGGCCACCAUCUCAAACCUGAGUCCAGGCAAGAUCUAUGCCUUCCAGGUGCGAGCCAGGACAGCUGUGGGUUAUGGGCCAUAUAGUGGCAAGAUGUAUUUCCAGACGCUGGUGGGAGGUGAGCGCUCAGAAAUAGUUCAGGACCGGCUGCCACUUAUUGUGGGCUCAGCACUCGGUGGUCUGGCCUUCUUGGUAAUUGCUGCCAUUGCCAUCCUUGCCAUCAUCUUCAAGAGUAAGAGGCGAGAGACCCCAUAUACAGACCGCCUACAGCAGUACAUCAGUACACGGGGGCUUGGGGUGAAGUAUUACAUUGACCCUUCAACUUAUGAGGAUCCCAAUGAGGCUAUUAGGGAAUUUGCCAAGGAGAUUGAUGUAUCAUUUGUCAAGAUUGAGGAGGUCAUCGGAUCAGGAGAGUUUGGAGAGGUGUGCUUUGGGCGCCUGAAACCCCCAGGGAAGCGUGAGUACACAGUGGCCAUCAAGACUCUGAAGUCAGGUUACACAGAUGAACAGCGGCGGGAAUUCCUGAGUGAAGCCAGCAUCAUGGGACAGUUUGAACAUCCCAAUGUCAUCCGCCUGGAGGGUGUGGUCACCAAGAGCCGCCCCGUUAUGAUCGUCACAGAGUUCAUGGAGAAUGGCUCACUGGAUUCCUUCCUCAGGCAGCGGGAAGGACAGUUCAGCGUGCUGCAGUUGGUGGGGAUGCAGCGGGGUAUCGCAGCUGGCAUGCGUUAUCUCUCAGACAUGAACUAUGUUCAUCGUGACCUAGCUGCCCGUAACAUCCUGGUCAACAGCAAUCUGGUGUGCAAGGUGUCUGACUUUGGUUUGUCCCGUUUUCUGGAAGAUGAUGCCUCAAACCCCACCUAUACUGGAGCCCUGGGUGGCAAGAUCCCCAUCCGCUGGACUGCUCCUGAAGCCAUCCAGUACCGCAAGUUCACAUCUUCCAGCGAUGUCUGGAGCUACGGCAUCGUCAUGUGGGAGGUGAUGUCAUAUGGCGAGAGGCCUUACUGGGACAUGUCUAAUCAGGAUGUAAUUAAUGCUAUUGACCAGGACUAUCGUCUGCCACCACCACCAGACUGCCCAACUGUCUUGCACCUACUCAUGCUUGAUUGCUGGCAGAAGGAGCGAGUCCAGAGGCCCAAAUUUGAGCAGAUAGUUAGUGCUCUGGACAAGAUGAUCCGUAAGCCAUCUGCACUCAAAGCCACUGGCACAGGGAGCAGCAGACCAUCCCAGCCCCUGCUGAGCAACUCACCCCCGGACUUCCCCUCACUCACCAAUGCCCACGAAUGGCUGGAUGCCAUCAAGAUGGGCCGCUACAAGGAGAACUUUGACCAGGCUGGACUGACCACCUUUGAUGUCAUCUCCCGUAUGACUCUGGAAGACAUCCAGCGAAUUGGGAUCACCCUGGUUGGCCACCAGAAAAAGAUUCUCAACAGCAUCCAGCUCAUGCGAGUUCACCUGAACCAGCUUGAGCCAGUAGAAGUCUGAGGUGCAGACUAUUCCUCCACUUCUAAACUCCAGGAAGGAAGUUCAGAGGGAUUUUCACUCUCAAUGGGAGCAAGUGAGGCAAUCCCUGAAGACUUUAUGCAGCAAGAGGGAGGGCAUUAAAUGCCCUAUGGCACCAAACCAAACCCUUGCAGUAACUUGACUGCAACACUACAGAACUUGUACACUGGGGAAAGAUUGGGGGGAGAGAGACCUGCUGUAACGUGGGGAGGAGCUGGAAGAUAGUUUGGACAGAUCAAACACGCCUGCUGCCUCUUCUCUGCCUGCAGAUGAGAUCAAAAACAUUACAGAGCUGUCACUGGGAGUCCAUCAAAGCCACACAGACAUUUUUCACCCUGAACCAGGCAAAAUAAAGGCAGUGGAAAUGUUCCUUUAUUUCUAAAGAAAAAAAAA